AUGUAAGAAAGCAUAUAUAACUUAAUUCCUAAAGAGAAAACUCCUCCUAAAAAAGUUACUAAAUUAUAUAAAUCCACUAUUCCAGGUGAUAUUGCUCCAACUGGUAGUACAUUUGGAACUCAAUCUUAAAUUAUUCCUGUUACUAAUCUUAAUGGAUCAUACAUUAUUUAACCUAAUCGAUAUAGAUCAGAAAGUGGUAUAUUAGGUAAAUCUAAAAAUUGUAUUUAAAUAAUUCAUAACUUUAGAAAAACUAGAACCAAUUAAACAUAAGCAUAUGGGUAAUAAUAGUCUAGAUAUAUGGGUUGAAAAAGGAUAUAUUCAUAGAAGUGUUGAUCUAACACAUUAACAUUCUCCUACUAAACCAUAAAUACCUAAAUUGACUGAUAAACCUAUUAUGGGAAUUUAAUAAUCUAAGAAUUUUAUUGCUACUAAUGCUAUAGAUGUUAUUUUAGCUAGUUAUAUUUUAUUUUAAUACUUAGAUCCUAAAUAAAAAUAAACUUAACCUGAUUGGACUAAAAAAUCUCUCUAUGGUAAAGUUCCACCUUAUCUAACAUUAAUUAAAGACACGCUUAAAGAUCAAUUCUAUGAAGAACAACAUAGGAAAUAAUUAGAAUAAUCAUAAUAAGAUAACAAAUUGUAUUUCAUCUAUUUUCUAAUAGACAAUAAAUGCCUGAAGAAGAAUUAGAAUUAAUUAGAUUAGGCUUAAAAAAAAAAUAUGAUGAAUUGAAUCAAUAAUAUUAAUAAUAAACACAUUGCAGAGUAUUUGGAACAAUAGGAGUAAAAAGAAGAAAAGAAAAUUAUGAAAAAGAAUUGUUAUAAUUAGAAUAAGAUAUUGAAAAAUUGAAUAAAAAAUAUGUAUUUAUUUAGCAUUGA